GCUCAGAUUUUUCAAUAAAACCAAACGCUUCAUUGUUGUUAAACCUCAUCACCGUUGUCAGUCCGACCGACACUUGUCAGUAAACAGUGUGAUGCGGAGUGAUGGAUUUGGAAUCGUUCUUCAGAUGAAGAAGUGAUGGCUCUCUGGAUUCAAUUGAAAAGUGGUCGAGAUAUGAGUGAGAACAAUAAUGGAGUUUAUUCUGAAUCUUACCAAUAAUUAUAAUAUAAAUAGAUAUAGGUUUCUCGUUCUUUUAAGUUGUUUAUUUUAAGUGAAAAAAAAAAUUUUCGCAAACGAAAAAGAAACAAAUUAUAUUUCUUUACUUUUCUUGGUUGUGAUUUUUACUAAAAAUAAUUAUGUCUAAGUACGACAUAAAAAAUGAAUAUGAUCUCGAAGCACAACGAGAAGUUCGACUGACAAGUUUUUCAACAUCCUUUGAUGAUUCUCUUCGAUUUUUUGAGAAUAAAAAUUAUAAUAACUUUUCUGAUAAAAUCGAGACUAGACUUCAUCCUUUAAAGUUAACAAAAAAUCAAGAAAAACAAUCCAACAGAAUUGUUCCAAAUGAACCAAAGGUGGAUUCAGUUUGUUCAUUUUGUGCAAAAUGGCUCCAUUUGAGGCUUAAAAAUGCAUUCAGAAAGAAAUUACUUUAUAAAAGAAUACCAAUUUUGGAUUGGUUACCAAGGUACAAAAAGGAUUAUAUAAUUAGUGAUCUAGUCGCAGGCUUGACAGUUGGUUUGACAGUAAUUCCUCAAGCUAUUGCUUAUGCAAAUGUGGCAGGUCUUCCCUUACAAUAUGGACUAUAUUCUUCAUUCAUGGCCUGUUUCGUGUACACAAUAUUUGGUUCCUGCAAAGACGUCCCAGUGGGUCCAACUGCAAUAGUAGCAAUUUUGACUCGAGAAACUUUACAAAAGUCCCAUUUGGGCUCUGACUUUGCUGUCCUGUUAACCUUCAUCUCAGGUUGCGUGUCUUUGCUAAUGGGCGUCUUACAAUUAGGAUUUUUAAUAGAUUUUAUAUCUGGACCGGUCUCGGUGGGUUUUACAUCGGCUGCUGCAAUUAUUAUUGCCACAAGUCAGGUUAAAGACAUCCUUGGCAUCAGUGUAGGAGGUGGAAAAUUUCUACAAGUUUGGAAGACGAUCUUUGAACAUAUCAGUGAAACAAGACUAUGGGAUUCAAUUCUUGGAGUACUUUGUAUGAUUGUUCUUCUUUUUUUGAGGAAACUGAAGGACAUUCCAGUCAAAUCAAAAGAUACAAGGGUACCAACAAUCUUACAAAUAAUUCUUCUCAAGUUUCUCUGGCUAUUUUCAACAGCCAGAAAUAUUCUGGUAGUUGUGGUGUGUGCCGUGAUGUGUUGGUUGCUAGAAAUCCAUCUGGGUUCAUCGCCGUUUAUUCUAACUGGUCAUGUAAAGCAAGGACUUCCGGAUUUUAAACUCCCUCCUAUGGAAUCUCGCGUAGGCAACGAAACCUACGGAUUUUUUAAUAUGGUUUCAAUUAUGGGAUCGGGAUGUUUUGUCGUUCCACUGCUGAGUCUUCUUGAAACUAUUGCUCUUGCCAAAGUUUUCUCGGAUGGAAAGCCAAUUGAUGCGACUCAAGAAAUGUUAGCAAUAGGGGCAUGUAACAUAGUUUCAUCUUUUGUAUCUUCAAUGCCCGUAAGUGGUGGUCUCAGUCGCGGUGCAGUCAAUCAUUCAUCAGGAGUAAAAACCACUUUGGGAGGAGUUUUUACUGGAGUUUUAGUUCUCAUAUCACUUCAGUUUCUCACUCCUUACCUAUAUUACAUUCCCAAAGCUUCACUUGCGGCCGUUAUUAUUGCUGCAGUUGUAUUUAUGGUCGAAUUUCAUGUGGUCAAACCAAUGUGGCGAACUAAGAAAAUUGAUUUAAUUCCUGCAAUGGCAACAUUUCUUUGUUGCCUUUUUGUGAGAUUGGAGCUCGGCAUUGUAAUCGGUAUUGGCAUAAAUCUUAUAUUUUUACUUUAUGCAUCCGCAAGACCCUCUCUUCGGGUCCACAAAGCUACUAGUAACAGUGGAUGUGAAUACGUUGUCAUUACUCCGGAUCGAAGUCUUGUAUUCCCAAGUGUAGAAUAUGUCCGUGCUGUAAUAAGCAAACAAGGAACCAAACAAGGAAUCACUGUUCCAGUUGUUGUCGAUUCCACUCAUAUUCAAGCAGCAGAUUUUACUGCCGCAAAAGGAGUUAAAAGUCUCAUUGAAGAUUUUGAAAAAAGAGGACAACCGCUUAUUUUUUACAACUUAAAACCAAGUGUUGUUGAGAUUUUUAAAGGUGUUAAACCAGCAGAACUCAGGUGUUGCUUCAGUGAAAUUGAAUUGGAAGAUUAUCUCAAAUCAUUCGCAAGUGUUCCAAGUGAAAUUACAAGACACUGAAGAAAUCAAAUAUAAUAGAGAGCACCUUGAAAAAAAAAAAAAAAAAAAAAUCAGUAUUAUUCUAAUAAACGCCUAUUAAUAAAUAAUUAAGAUGGAAUUAUAUAGUAAAAUUUAUAAUUAUAAUUAAGAAUUAUUUAUAGCGUGUGUUAGUUUACAAAUAUAUUUAGAAAAAUAUUUAAUCGUGCACAACUCACUGAUUUUAUUUCUAUUAUCACUCUGUAAAUGUAUAUACAUAAUUCUUAGAGCAAAGAUGAAAAAUUUGACAAAAAGGAAGAAAAAUUCUUUUGAUAUUUCAAAAAACAAAAUACUCUUUUUGU